UAUAAAUAGCAGUAGUAGUAGAAGAUAUUAGAUAUGCAAUUGAAUUCUAAACAGAAUUGCACCUUCAAUGGCUUCCCUACUCACCUUCCUGGUCAUUAUAGCCACUGCAUUCUUCUUUGUCGACACCUUUGCCAUUCCUACAGCCAGACAGCUAGAGGAGCUUGAAACAAGUGCUGAGUUUAGCUACUCUGGCGACACUGGCCCUGACAAAUGGGGAAGCUUGAGCCCUGAUUAUAAGAAAUGCUCGAAAGGAAAAUCACAGUCUCCAAUUAACAUUGUGGAGGACAAAGCUGUUCCGGAUAAAACCUUGAAGCCCUUAAGAAGACAAUAUUACCCUGUAAAUGCUACGUUGGUUAACAAUGGCUACAAUGUUGAGCUGGACUUUGGAAAUGCAGGAGUGUUGAUUGGAAAUGGAAAAAACUACACCUUGAAGCAUAUGCACUGGCAUACUCGUUCUGAGCACACAAUUGAUAAUGCCCCAUUCCCUGCAGAGCUUCAUCUAGUCCACAAGGCUAGGGAUGGCAGCUUCUCAGUUAUAUCCAUCCUUUAUGAACUUGGCAAACCUGAUCCUAUUAUUACCAAGAUCCAAAGUCAAUUAGCUAAGUUGGCAAGUACUGGAACAGCUAAAAUUGCUGUUGGGACCUUUGACACCUCGCAAUUGUGGAAAAAAACCAACAAGUAUUAUAAGUAUGUUGGUUCUCUCACCGCUCCUCCAUGCACUGAGAAUGUUAUCUGGCAUGUCUUGGGCGAGAAGAGAUCAAUAUCUCCAGCCCAAAUUGAUGCUUUGAAGGCUCCAUUGCUACCGGCAAAUAAGAAUAAUUACAGACCUGUGCAACCAUUACAUGGGCGAAAAGUUGCGUUAUUCGAUGAUUACUAAUUUACACAAGUAUUGAUGAAGACAAGUCACUAAAUAAAAAAUGCUUCAAAAUAGUAUUGAGGCUUAAAUAAAGAACAAUCUUGGCUUUGUUUAUCUCAUGAAUGAUCUUUGAUUGCCUUCUCCUUGAGUCAUUCUCAAUGCAUGCUCAAUUAGUCUCAAUUUCUCCAUAGUCUUUAAAUGCUUGAGAGCUUAUCAAGCAAAGUAUGAUGGAACGAACUUGUUUAUUUUAUGAACAAUCUUGAUUAAAGCUCGAAUUGACAAUA